UCCAACAGUACAUGUCGUAUCUGCUAUAACUUUCUACACCAUUUUCCUUUUAAAUGGAAGAAACACAGCAGUGUAUCCGUAGCAAGAAAUCCUAUUGUAACAACUCUGCGACAUUUUUCCACUGACAAUCUAAACGUAUCGAGUGCCGGCUCAACAUCGUAAUGUUCACAAAACCUUUAUCUUAUCAAUUUAAAGUGUACUUUGUGGUAGUAUUCAUAUGGAUAUGUAGAUGAAUAUUGAAGCUCAACCCAAUAUCGAUGUAUUGGGGGUGGUAAACAAAAAUGCAAGAUCCUUCUGCACUCAGUCAUUCUACGGUAGUCAUUGAUGAAUCUGGUAGCGAGCGUGCCUUGGUAGUUAUGUUAGGACAGUAGUUUAAUAAGUGUCACAAUUUGAUUGAUUGGAAAUCACCUAACAGCAUUAAACCAGCUUAGAUUUAACGAGCUAAUCGUGAAAAAACAUUUAAUUUGCUAUUUUAUUGGGUUUAAAGUUAUUCAUCUGCAAAAAUGAGUAAACCUUUGAACGAAGUGUGCGAAAUGUUAGACACUUACACGGGGCGGGAUAAGAUCGUAAGAACACUAUGCUAUACUACUAAGCUGGCUUCGGGACUGGUAGCGGCCAGAGAUCCCGAUUUAUCUAAAAAGUUGGCCAUUUUCAGUUCCAAAAUGUCACAGACAAGAGCUACUCUGCGGCUGUUGGAUGAUCUGCCGAUGAUCAGUUAUUCUCUCAACUAUGGGAUUGGAAGCAAGGAACCCGAUCGAAUUAUGGGUAUGAUAGGCUUUCUUACCAACAUCAUCGACCAUAUAUACUAUCCGGUGGACAAAAUCUGCUGGAUGGUGGAAUACAAGUUGCUCAGCGUGGAAAACCCUACCAAAUGGGAUGCUACGAAUUCAAUGUUGUGGGUUGCCUCCAUCUACCUGAAUCUGAUGAAAACCAUAAGAAGUUACACCGUCAUGGAGCAACAUAAAUCGCACAUGGAUAAAACGGAAAAUGAAUCCAGCCAACCGUACAAAAUGCUGGUGCUGAAGCAACGCAUGGAACUCAUCUCCAUCGUUCGGCUAUCGCUGGAUUUGGUGCAUGCCGGUAGCACCCUACCGAGAGGGAUGCUGUGGGGAGGCCGGUUCGAGUCAUGGCAGGUUGGUCUGAUCGGAUCGGUCUCGUCGUUUAUCGGCUUGUAUCAGUACUUUGCGAAAAAGCGAAUUAUCAGCAAAAGUUCAUAGUGCGCUAGUAGCUGUGUUGUGAAUAUAUUAGCGGUUAACUUAUGACGGAUGGAAUAGUGUCUUUAAAAGACACCUGAACAUUACAAAUCGGGCUUUUUUCUAAAAACAAACUGAGCACAAGUACCUACUAUUUUGAAAAGUGCUAUCAAUUGAUUUUUUUAAACUUUGUUAAUAAAUAAUCUUAGCAAGUUCCAUCAAGACUUGAUUGUGAGAGGAAAUGGGUUGAGGGUGAAAUUUUUGUUUUAGAAAUAUUUGUAAAUAAGCAAUAAUAAAUUGAGAUUCUAGUCAA